AAAUAAAGACAAGGAAGAGAAGAGGAGAUUACGAUUAACUUUAUAGUUAUAUGAUUGUUGUGUCCCAAAUAAAUUGUUUCGUGUGAAAGUUGUAUUUUAUAAAUAGUCCCCAAAACAAUUUACAUGGUUACUUUCGACCUUAUCAGUCACAAUGUGGGAAUCGCCAUACUUGACUUGUUUGUUUCUGUACAUAUUUUCUUUUCAAAUUAUCGCAACUAACUCUCGUACUUCAAAUAUUUGGAAAUUAGAUGUCGAAGAAGGACAAAUUGUUGAUGGUAAUACAUUAUCUCAGGAUGAAUCAGAUAAAGCAAAAAUUACUGAAGAAGAUGAUAUAUUCAGUAUAAUAACUUCAACUGUUUAUUAUGGUAAUACAUGGACGAAACAUGGCUUUGAUAUGUUCUGCACUGAUUGCCAGAUGUUUGAACAGCAAAGGGCUAGUGGAGAAAAUGGUGAGGAAACUUCUCCAUCCGAAACCAAUGGUAGUGAUAUUGAUGAUGAAUACUUGGACUGUGGAAAAGCUGUUAACUUUACAUAUUAUGACAACCUAGUUGGGGUAGCGAGGCGCCACCGGCACCCCAAUGUACCCGAACCCCAGGUUGCCCUUAUUUUCACAAAGAAAAAGUCAUACAAAAAUGGUGUGACAGAACUAGAUAUAAAUGCAUUAGAAAAACGUCUCAAAAAGGCUAAAAGAGAAAAACCAAAGUCAGUGCAGCUCUACAAUCAGAUUGGUAACUUCUGGAGAAUCAAAGGUGAUACAAGACAGUCCAUCGAGUGCUUCCGGCGAGCGCUAGCUGUUUCACCUUAUAACGCUGAAGUGUUGCUAAAUCUAGCACGCGUGCUCUUCACGCUGCAGUACUUGGACGAUGCGAUCUUCCUCACGCGUCGCUCCUUGGAGGUGCAGCCGCCGGAUCGCAGUACUUGGCAGCAGUACUUUACAUUGGGCGAGAUAUUCAAAGCUUAUGGACAUUAUCAGGAGGCAGCAGUGCACCUAAAACAUGCACUUGAUCUGCGACCUGACUUUGAACCCGCGCUGGUCGCGCUGAAAGACAUCGAGAACAUACCCGAAGCCUCAGUGCACGUGUAUACGCUCCUCAUAAUUGUUUGUUUGGUAAUGGGCGUGCUGCUAGUGAUACUGUCGUCGGUGGACAGCGGCGGCGACGCGGACGAGCACAAGACGCAGCGGCACUUCAACCGCGCCAUGGCCAUGCGCUCCCUGCGCGGCGUCGCGCUGCCCGGCGCGCGCGGCCGCAAGAAAGGAGGCUCGUAAGCACCGAGACCACGCGAGCCUGAGUUUACUACCUCUGCAAGUACCGUUCGAUUCAUACGUUCCUAUUCGAACCACGAAUUCACGACCACUGCAUUCGAUACGGACCUCAGACGACCACGACCCGAAGGUCGUAUACGUUGUCCCGUUGGUUCGUGUCUGUGAUUCGUGGUUCAUUAAGCUUCGAAUUCGUUUUCGAUUUCAAAACUAAAUGUAUACCAAAUGGUUUGCCGCCAAUUGCAUUCGAUCUGGAACUUAGUGUACCGCGAGCCAAAGGUUCGCAAUCACUGUCUGUUCGGUUGUUUCACGUCUGUGAUUCGGGGUUCAUGAUAAAUUUUCGAUUUCAGUCUUAUGUAAUUCCAAUUUUGAAUAUGUUUUUAGAUGUUUGCAAAUGUUGUGGCUCAAGUUAAAAUUUUCCUUUAUUUCAUUUAUUCUUGGUUUUUUGGCCAUAAUAACUACACGGUUCACGAAUCAUGAUAUCCGUGUGUGACAGUACUUACUGAUGAAUGCUCAAAUUAUUUAUUCUUUUUUUUUUAAUUAAUUUUUAACGACAUAGUUUUACUUAUGCAAGACAAAAUUUGAAACAUUUGUUAUUUCUAAAAUUUUGAGAUUGCCGUGUUCUAAAAUUGAGAAGUUUAUAGCAAAAUCUUCUUGAACGUAUGUACGUGAGUGUUGCAUGUUAUUAUAAAUGUGUUAUUAAUUAAUUAAUAUGUCAUUUACGUACCUAUUUUAGCCCAUUAAUGUCCGUGGGCUGAUAAAAACUAGUACAAAUAAUAUUGUUAAUGUGUUCCACGAUGUGCCUAAAGUAAAAUCAAAGUACGUCUUUGCGGCAGUGCGUACGCAAAUGUUCUUUUUUUAUUACUAACAAAAAAUAAAGAAUGCAAGAAAUUUAAAUACUACUUCAUUUGUACUUGUAACACUAUUAAAUUUGCAACUUCAAUGAAAUAUAUUAAACAAUACGUUUUGUUAAGAAAAUAUGGUAAAUAAGGAAUGGUAGUUGAAGAAGCAUUUUUAGGGAUGUUAUUCUCUACAUAUUUCCAUUCGAUUAUUUUUCUUCCGUUACUUUUAAAUCUUUUUUCCAAUAUACACAAAAUCAAUGUUAAUGUUUUCCAAUUGCUCAGACCAUAAACGUUGUAUAUAAUAUUGUUAUUUUUUUUUAGAUUUAUUCGUAAUUUUUAGUUAAUGUUGUGAAAUUCGAACUAUUGUUUUUUUUUACUUGUAAGAGAUUCUAAACUCAGGCUAAUUAACAACGUACAACAUUUAAUCGCUUGCCGAGCGCAAAUAUAAGUAACGUGAAAGCUAAAGUGUUACUAUUUCUAGUGUUAUUCGCUAUUAAUACCCAACGGCGAGCACUAACGCGUGUUAGUACUGUUCUGUUAAAUCUUCAUUUAAUUUUUUAUAACAUAAAUAACCCCUACUAUUUAAAUAUAACAUUACACCUUGCAGAAAUUAUGCGAACUCAAGAAUAUCAUUUUUAUUAUUCCAUGAAAGUAAUUUAACAAUAGUAACAGUAUGAUCGAAAUUAAUAUUACAAUAAAUAUGGCGUUGCCAUUAUAUCGACAAAAUGUGUCGCAUAAGCCAAUUGACAUUAAAAAAAAAACUUUUGUUUGUCGAUCAAAUUUUCGUUACUAGGUGGGAAUAUGAAAAAAAAAACUAGUACUGUGAAUACAACUGGGUUUAUUAUUGCACGGUGUAACGUUUAUUGUAUUUUUACUAAUUUCAAUAACUGUGUUGUGAUUUAACGAUAGAUGCUAUGACAAAACCGUUACGACAGGUUGUUUUAACCGCGAUAUUUAAUGGAACAGUACUAGCAAACAGAGGCUAAAUGGCUUAUGUACAAAUAAUCUUUAUAUGAUACCGACCGAUAUGGUCUUGCCAUAUCCGAUUUGAUCUCCGCUUUGUAGUCUUCAACACCUCGAGGUAAAUCGUACCCAAAGUGGUAUUCCUUUUAGCAGUACAAUGAUCAGUGUUAAGUUCUACCAACAUUACACAAUUUAUUUAUACAUUGACAUUAUCAUUUACAUAUUAUUGUAAGAUCAAUUACAAUAUAUUUGUAGAGUAGUUCAUCCUAUUUAAAGAUAAUUUCGAAUGGAUAAGCUCGAUUUUGGUAUUGUUAUUAAAACUGCUACGUACAAAGGAAACAAUGAGAAACAUAAUGUAGAGGAAGACUCAAACCGUUUUGGCUCGCCAGUCUUGCAAAUGAGCGUUAUACUGCAACCUAGUCAUUCACUUAGACAAGUUUGGUCUACGGAACCGUGUGUAUUUCUUAGUAGUGCAUGCAAGUAACUUGUUAAGUGUUCGUAGCGUCUAAGGAUUUUAAAGUUGCAAGUCUUAAUAAUCUGAGAUUGGAAAAAAAUGUACCUGUUUUCAGUGGUCUUUUGUUAAUUUUUGACUAUUUAUUACUUAAUACAUGAUUGUCUUAGCAUC